AUGUUACUCAAGUACCAACUGGAAGAAGCUAAGAAUUUAGUAAACGAAAGAAAAGAUUUCAUAAGAAGGCUUGAACUUGAAAGAAGAGAAGCAUCUUUAAAUGGCGUUGUUCAUAGGCUUAAACAAGAAGAAAAUUUAGCUGUCGAAUUGAAUUUAAUAAGACGUCAAGAAAUUAUUGAUGAAAAAAUGAGAUUACAUUUGUGGGAAAAUAAUCAUGAAUUAAGAGAAUUAGAGUCACAGUUAAAAGCAGCUUAUAUACAAGAGAAAAAGGCUAGAGAAAUUGUUGAAGAAGCUGUUGGAACUUUUGAGGAGCAAGAAAUUGCCAAUAAAUUAACAGAAAAAAAAUUAAAGGAUGAUUUUAGGCAUUCAUUACAAGAUCAAAUUAUUGAAAAAGAGAGACUUAGACAAUUGGAAUAUAUAUCAUUUAUGAAAGAGAAAAAUAUGUUUGAUGAUAUUAUUCAGAAAAUAAAAGAUGAUGAAAAAAGGGAAUUGGAAGAAAAAAGAUUUUUACAGCAAAAAUUAAAAGAGGAAAUGCAACAGCAUUUUGCUGCCAGGGCUGUGUGGAAAGCUAAAGAAAGACUUGUACUUCAGGAAGAAGAUGAAAAAAUUAAACAAAUAAAUGAAGAAAAAGAUAGAAUAAGACAAUUGGAAGAAGCUAAAGCCUUAUCGAAAAAAAUAUCAGUUCAAGAAAUGACUAGAAAAUUAAUGAAAGAAACCCAAGCGAAAGUUCGUAAAAAAGCUGAAGAAAAGGAACUUGAUUAUCAAUUUGCUCAACAAAUGAAAUUAAAAAUUGAAGCUGAGGAUAGAGCAGAAAAAGAAAAAAUAGAAAAAAGACGUCAGGAACAAAUACAUAAUUUUAAUUAUAACAAGGAAGCGAUGAGACUAAAAAUACAAGAGAGAGCUGAAGGAUUAAAAUUAACUCAACUUUUAAAUCGUUUAGAAGAAAAUGAAGAAAAUAAAAAAGCUGAAUUAGUUAAAGAGGAAAGAAUAAAAACUUUAAAAACGCAUGCACCUAAAUUAUGGGAACAUAAAACAGUAUUUUCAAUCAUUUAUUUUAUGCUCCGAGUGUAA